AUGAUUAAGAUUACUGUCGGUGUUCUCGCCUUACAAGGCGCCUUCCUGGAGCAUUUAGAGCUGCUGAAAAAGGCAGCGGCCUCGCUGGGCUCGCAACAAUCUUCGCCGCAGUGGGAAUUUCUUGAGAUCCGGACCCCGCAAGAACUCAAGAGAUGCGAUGCGCUCGUCCUGCCUGGGGGUGAAAGUACAGCAAUCUCAUUGGUGGCAGCUCGGUCUAAUUUACUUGAGCCUUUGAGAGAUUUUGUGAAGGUCCACCGCAAACCAACAUGGGGAACCUGCGCCGGGUUAAUAUUGCUCGCGGAAUCGGCGAACCGGACUAAAAAAGGUGGCCAGGAGUUGAUCGGAGGAUUAGAUGUUCGAGUUAAUCGCAACCACUUUGGCCGGCAAACGGAAAGCUUUCAGGCGCCGCUUGAUCUGCCGUUCCUCAGCACAUCCGGUACACCCCAGCAGCCCUUUCCGGCAGUCUUCAUUCGUGCGCCGGUAGUUGAGAAAAUCUUGCCGCAUCACGACGGUAUUCAGGUGGACGAAGCUAAGAGAGUCGAGACCGUUGUUGCUCCUUCGCGACAAGCCGAGAGCGAAGCGUCCCGGAGGGCAAUGUCACGCGACGUUGAAGUAUUGGCUAGUCUUCCCGGGAGGGCUGCGCAUUUAGCUGUCAGUGGAACACCUAUUCGUGCGGAUGAGGAAACUGGUGAUAUUGUUGCCGUGAGACAAGGCAACGUCUUUGGUACAAGCUUCCACCCUGAGUUGACUGGUGACGAAAGAAUCCAUGCCUGGUGGCUGCGCCAAGUGGAAGAUUCUGUAAAACGAUUGCAAUGAAGAUAUGAUAUAUAUGAGGCAGUGAUUGUUCUCCGUCAAUUGGACGAUUAGAAUAGCUCCGUUAGUUCUGGGUAUUAGAGAUAAAUAGAAUUUUUUUUAGUGCGC